AUGGGCGGGGUCUGUGUGGGCGGUGCGAGGGGCGGGUUUGCGCAGGCCCCGCCCCCGCCCCCUCAGCCGCGCUGGUUCUGGGCGGUUCUGCGGGGCUUUAACCGGCGGGGCCGCUCUGGCGCCGUGUCCCGGCACGGCCCGGGAGCGCGGAGGGCGGCUCAGAGCGGGGAUGGCCGGGCGGAGCGCGCAGGGCCCGGGGGUGAGGCCCGCGCAGCGCCGCUGCCAUGGCGACACGCCCGGCCCCGCGCGUCCCCUCGCGGCACCCGUAGCGGUGCGUCAUCAGGAGGCGCCGUUGGCAUGGCGACAUGCCCCGCCCCCAUCGCGGCGCCCGUGGAGCGCGUCAUUAGGCCGCGCUGCCGAGUCGCCGCUGCCAUGGCAACAGGCACCGCCCUCCGGCAUAUCUGUCAUCAGGACGCGCCGCCGCAUUCCGUUGCCAUGACUACAGGCUCUACAGCCAGAGCGUCGCCGGAGGCGCCGCCAUGGCGGACCCGGCCCGGGACGCGCUCGGUGCCGCCGCCGGGCGCGGGGCCGGGCCCGCAGAGCGAGCGCUGCCCUCCCGCGCAGGCCAGGAGCGCGGACGGGGAGGCGGCGGACGCGGAGGACGCGGCGCUGCAGGCGAGCGCGGCCCGCAAGGUGAAGCUGGAGCUGAAGGAGCGCAAGGAGAGGAAGCAGAAGGUGGACGAGGACGAGAUCCAGAAGAUGCAGAUCCUGGUCUCCUCCUUCUCCGAGGAGCAGCUGAACCGCUACGAGAUGUACCGGCGCUCCGCCUUCCCCAAGGCCGCCAUCAAACGGCUGAUCCAGUCCAUCACCGGCACCUCGGUGUCGCAGAACGUCGUCAUCGCCAUGUCGGGCAUCUCCAAGGUGUUCGUGGGGGAGGUGGUGGAGGAAGCCCUGGACGUGUGUGAGAAGUGGGGCGAGCUGCCCCCCCUGCAGCCCAAGCACAUGAGGGAGGCCGUCAGGAGGCUCAAGGCCCGGGGGCAAAUCCCCAACUCCAAGUACAAAAAGAUCAUCUUCCACUGAGGGGCAGCGAGGUGAGCUGCCUCUGGGGGGCCUGGGGGCCUCAAGGAUGUCCCUGCUGCCCCUGGGUGCACCCCCAGCCCAGCAGGAGAGGAGCAGCAGGGGCUGCAGAGCAUUCCCUGCUGGCCCAGAUGUGCAGCCUGUGCCCAGAUGUGCAGCCUGUGCCCAGAUGUGCAGCCUGUGCCCACACGUGUGGCUUUUUUUUUUUUUUUUUUUUUGUACAUUAAACUUAUUCCUGUGUUCAUAA